AUGGAGGGAGGGAAAGAAAAGGUGGGCUGUGAGGAGGAGAAGAUGGGGCACUGGGGCAAUGGUUAUCGGGCUAGGAGGUGGGAGAGGGAAAUAGGACUAAAAUGCAACUCGAGUAUAUCUUUGGUUUUCAGAUUCUCACUCCUCCCUGCCUUUCAAUCUUAUAAGGUUGUCUGCUCUUCCAAUCAAGCAAGUUGUUUUCCUUGUGCGCUCGAAGAAAAUAUGACUGAAGCAGUAGUUUCCUUUGUGAUUGAAAGACUUGGAGAAUUCAUCAUCCAAGAUGCGAAGUUCUUGUUUGGAGUUAGCGAUAAAGUUGAGUUUGCACAAACUGAGCUGCAACUCAUGCAAGGUUUUCUGAAAGAUGCAGACAUAAGGCAACGAGAUGAUGAAACGGUACGUGUUUGGGUUGCACAAAUAAGAAAGAUUGCUUAUGAUCUGGAGGAUGUCAUAGAAAUAUUUAUCUUGAGAGUGGCUACAAAGAAGCGAGGCAUGAAGAAUGUUCUGAAAAGAUUUGGUUGCGUGUUAAAGGAAGGAGUUGAUCUUCACCAGAUUGGGUCACAAAUUGAGAAUGUUACCACCCAACUUUCUAAUUUGAGGUCAAGCUUGCAAACUUAUAACAUUAAGGAAAUAAGGGACUCUAGAGGUGCCACUUCUUUGUAUGAGAGGCAGCAGCAAGUAAGGCGAACUUAUUCUCAUAUUAUUGAACGUGAUGUUGUUGGGUUAGAGAAUAGUGCGGAAGAAUUGGUCAGGCAUUUGGUGAAGAAAGAAUUUAGCCACCGAAUUGUUUCUAUCUGGGGUAUGGGUGGUCUGGGAAAGACCACCCUUGCAAAAAAAAUUUAUCAUCAUAAUGAAGUUAGACGCCAUUUUGGUUGCUUUGUUUGGGUAUGUAUAUCUCAACAAUUCCAAGUGAGAUCUGUUUGGGAAGAAAUUUUAAUUAAACUUAUUUCUGCUACCACUGCGCAAAGAGAAGAAUUUGCAAAACUGAGGGAUGAUGAAAUAGCCAAGAAGAUAUAUCUUCUACAACAAAAAAGUAGAUGCUUGGUAGUCCUUGACGAUAUUUGGAGCAUUGAGGCAUGGGAGUCACUGAAAGCUGCAUUUCCAUUGUAUGAUGAGGAAACAGAAAGCAGAAUAUUACUCACCACUCGCAACAAAGAGGUAGCUUUACAUUCAAAUGGAUUCAUCCACCAACCUCUCCCAUUAAAUGACGAUGAAAGCUGGGAACUUUUUGAGAAGAUAGCAGUCUUUGGAAGAGAAGGAAUAACCUUUGAAGUUUCCACAAAGAUGAAAGAAUUAGGAAAGAAAAUGCUUCAACAUUGUGUCGGCUUGCCAUUAGCAGUCAUUGUGCUCGCAGGACUACUCGCCAGAAAGGACACAAUUAAUGAGUGGGAGACAGUCCUUAAGAAUGUUUAUGCAUACAUAAGAAGAGGCAAAGACCAUGAACAUGAAGUGACGGGUACAUCGUGGGUGUUGUCGUUGAGUUAUGAUAACUUACCGUAUUAUUUAAAACCAUGUUUUUUAUACUUAGGUCAUUUUCCUGAAGAUUUUGAGAUAUCAGUGAAAAGAUUGACUCAGUUAUGGAUGGCAGAAGGUCUUAUAUCCUUGGUGCAACAAAGACAAGGUUCAAUGGAAACAAUGGAGGAGAUAGCUUUUAGUUACUUAAAUGAAUUAGUGGAAAGGUGUAUGGUUCAGAUUGGAGAACGGGGUUCAAUUAGAAAGAUUAAAUCUUGUCGGCUUCAUGAUCUCAUGCGAGACUUGUGCUUGUUGAAGGCAGAAGAGGAGAACUUUCUCCAAACUGUCAAUUUGUCGCAUAGGGAGACAAUGUAUGCUCUUCCUUCUCCAACCGAGGCAACACUAAAAGGUAAGGUUCGAAGACUUGCAAUUUAUGUGGAUGAUAAUGUUGAUAAAUUGGUUCCAUCAAGAUAUGAAAGAGACGACCGCCUUAGAUCUCUAUUAUACUUUGGCCCGAGAUACUGGAUGCCAAACAAUAACAAGUUAGUGUCGCCACUAUUCAAGGACUUCAAAUUGCUUAGAGUUUUGAAGGUUGAAGGUAUAGAGCUAUUAGUUAAAUUGCCUAGUGAAAUUGGGAAUAUGGUCCACUUGAGAUUUUUAAGUCUAAGGCAUAGUUUUAUAAAAUGGUUGCCAUCGUCCUUAAGUAAUUUGAUAUGUAUGCAAACUCUGGAUUUACGCAUUAAUGGAACGAUGGUAGUUCCAGAUGUAUUUUGGAUGAUGGAACAACUGAGGCAUUUGUAUUUACCCUUUUAUUACACCGCUCGGGGUAAAAAACUUCGACUGUCCACUCUUCAUGAUUUGCAGACUCUACACCAUGUUUCAAGCCUCUGCUGUGACUUGAACGAUCUUACUCAGUUAACCAGUCUUAGAAAACUGGCCAUACGAGUGACAAGCCCCUUCAAAAAUUUGGAGGAAACCUUAAAAUCUACGAGCAGCAUACUUGAUCGCAUUCGAUCUCUAUUUGUGCACAACUUACUCGGAAUUCAUAGUGGUACGGAAGUUGCACAGAUAGUGUUAAGUUGCCGUCAUAUAUACAAGCUACAUUUGAAUGGGCGAACCGUAGAGUUACCGGACCUUGAACACUUUCCGAAUCUCACUAAGUUAACACUGUGUCGCUGUGAUCUCAAGGCCAACCAGAUGGCCGUGCUAGAGAAGCAGCCAAAUCUUAGAACUCUUUGCCUUAUGGAGGAAACUUUUGAGGAUGGAUUAGACACACUGGUUUUCUCCAAAGGAAGCUUUCUUCAACUUGAAUCUCUUUCCCUCAUUUGCAUGUACGAAUUAAGGGACUUCACGGUGGAAGAAGGAGCCAUGCCUAGCCUCCACCGAUUGUGCAUGCAACGUUGCGUGGGAUUGACGACACUUCCAGAUGGGCUGAGACAUAUUACUACACUCUGGGAAUUAAGCUUCACAGAGAUGUCUAGGACAUUGCAUAGUAGGCUUCAGGUUGGAGGAGAUGAUUGUUGGAAGUUUGAAUUAAAUUCAAGAACCUUUGUCCCACAUUGA